AUGCUUGGCUUAGAAACAAUCCGGGAAGAUGAUUUCUUGUCUGCUUUUGUUACUGACAGACCAAUAGACGAAACUGCUAACUCAAAUCUUGAAAACACGCCUGUUAUAACAGAGAUUACUCCAAUUAAUUUCCCUGGGACUCUAUCUCCAACUCCUCCACAUUCCUCCAAAGAUAAUACUAUACCUCCUAUACCUGGAUUUAUUGAAGAGGCCACUGAAGUAGUAGAUGCUGCAGAAGAAUGCGAAAGCUCCCUUUAUGGUUCAGUUGCUGGUUGUAGCAGAGAUCUGUUUCACAAUGAAUGUACGACUUUUUCUCCCGAUACCAUUCGGCCUUAUCCAAAAGCUGCUGCAAGAACAAAUAAAGUAACACGAAAAACUCGCAAAUCAGCUAUUUUAACGGAUACACCGGAAAAAAUGUAUUGGCACAAGAACAGAGCAAGAAAAAGGAAAUUACAUCAAAAAAUAGAAAGGUAA